AUGUCCGACAAGGAAGGCGGCGACUUUCCUUGUAUUGUAGAAAGCUCACUUCCUUCUCCUAAUGAUGACCUUCUUUGCAUUUACACAACCACUUCAUCACGGUGCCCUCAGCAAAGAGUCGAAGGCAAAAGGCACUGUGAUAAGCAUCUCAAAUUUGAAAGUAGUAGCAGAGGAAGGAUUUGUAACGUUUCUAGGGGUAAGAAUCGUGGCAGAGGAAGACCUCGUAAGGCUUCUACUAGGGUUUGUAGAAACUUAUCUCAGGAAGCCGAAGAAGACGAGGCAAACGGCAAAAAGCACUGUGAUAAGCAUCUAAAAUUUGAACGUCGUAGGAGAGGAAGGCCUCCUAAGGCGUCUACUAGGCUUUCUGGAAAGUUAUCUCUGGAAGCCGAAGAAGACGAGGUUCAGAAGUCGAAUGAGCUUGAAGUAGUGAAGAAUCAGGUAGUUGAAACUCGAUCUUCUGUUAAGGCUGAAGAAGAGGAACAUGAAGAGACAGGUGGUACUAAGGAGGUUAAGCCUUACGAGAUACGUUGCACUCUGACCGAUGGUAGAGGGCGUUGUAGAAAGCCGAAAUUAGGUCAGCAGAUCUUCUGCGAAGAACAUUUCCACUCUGAUCGUCUAACGAGAGGGGAGGAGUCGAGAACUAAGGAUGUAAAUGAGGAGAAGUUGGAGGUUAGUUUGUACGUGACACCUCCAGAUGAGCUGCGUUGCAAUCGGAAUGAUGGGAAGGACUGGCGGUGCAAGAACUGGAAAAUCCAUGGUAAGUCCCUCUGCCAAGAGCAUUAUGUUCAGAGUUUGCAAAAGUCUAGGGUUAGGGCUUCCAAAGCUCCGGAGAAGAAAUGGAAAGGGAAGAAGGGUCGGGGAAAGAAAAGGAAGGGGAUUCGGAAGGAGAGUGAACCAAAAACUGGUGCUUCGUCUAUGAAGAAAAGUAAAGACGAAAAUUUUACUGAUGAUGAAGAUGAGGAAGAGACUCAAACGCAGAAGAAGAGGAAGAGGAUGAAAAAGAAUAAGGAUUCUGAUAAGACUUUUAUAGGUGUGAAGGUUGAAACCGAGUCUGAUAAGAAUAAUGGAGGGGGAAACCAGAUGGAGUCAGAGAAGAAGGGUCGGGGAAAGAAAAGGAAGGGGACUCAGAAGGAGAGUAAACCAAAAACUGGUGCUUCGUCUAUGAAGAGAAGUAAAGAGGAAAGUUUUACUGAUGAUGAAGACGAUGAAGAUGAGGAAGAGACUCAAACGCAGAAGAAGAGGAAGAGGAUGAAAAAGAACAAGGAUUCUGAUAAGACUUUUAUAGGUGUGAAGGGGAAAACCAGAUGGAGUCGGAGAGAAACCUGA